AUGAUCAGGCCAUCGGCCACCUUGUCGGCCUCUCGACAGACCAUAGCCGUGCCACCCACUUAUGCGUUUCCUCCUUCCGGUGCGUAUGGAAUUUCAAGCAUCUUUAGCAUUGUACAAAAGUACAUGGAUCGCUUGCUUCCUAUCGAUCACACUAUGAAGGUUCUUUUGGUAGAUAAGGCUACACUGAAUAUCAUCUCCAUGUCGUGUACCCAGUCUUUCCUGCUGCAUCGAGGCGUGUUUCUAGUUGACCGGGUUCCCGGUCAUCGGCAGAGGCAUGAGAUGAAGGCGAUGCGUUGCAUCAUUUUCAUACGGCCCGAUUCAGAAACCGUUGAUGCAGCCUGUACAGAACUGCAGGCUGCGAAGUACAGCAGCUACUCAAUUGCUUUUUGCGGGGUUGCCUCAUUGGAGUAUUUGGAUCGCCUGGCGCACGCGGAUGAAGGAAGCUUGGUAACCCACGUUGAUGAGUUUUUCUGCGACUUCGAUGCCGUCAACCACGAUGCGUUUCUCAUAGAGUGCAACAGUCUGCCUAUUGAACUGCUUUCAUCUGGCUAUGUGCCGAGACAGAUCACUCGCUUGACUCAUGGUCUGGCAGCACUUUCCGUGGCGCUGCGGCGACGUCCCAUACUUCGGUUUCAACGUAAUAGCCCUUACGCCUGUCGUGUGGCGGCGGAGCUAGGCAACAUCUAUUGUAAUGAUCUCGCAUUAUACGACUACCGCAGCAAAGAUACGGUACUUUUAAUUCUAGAUCGAAGUGAUGAUCCAGUGACGCCGUUGCUAACACCAUGGACCUAUCAAGCAAUGCUGCAUGAGCAUAUUGGGCUUGAACACAACCUGCUGCGUCUCCCUGAGGAGGUGGAAAACGCGAGUGAGGAGGGCUAUGCUUUCUCCGAACAAGACGACCUCUUCUUUGCGGGUAACCUCUGCCACAACUGGGGUGAUCUUUGUAGCAACAUCAAGGCCUGCGUUGACAGAUGCAAAGAGGCACUCAAUUUAGAUCGUACCACCCUGACGAUGGACGAACUCAGACAGUUCAUGCAACGCAUGCCACAAACUAAGAGUCUUGCCGAGUCUGUGACGAAGCACAUGACGGUGGUUACACACCUUACCAAUGUGAUUAAGAGCCGAGAUUUGUUGCAUGUGUCGCUCUUAGAGCAAGAUAUAGUUGCCUCCUACUCUCCUUUAGAACAUUGGAAGAGGUUAGAAGUUUUGAUUGCAAGGGACGACAUUCAAUCUACCGACAAGCUACGUCUCUGUCUACUUUUCCAUAUGCGUUAUGAAAAACCAGAUCAGCCGUCCCGCACUGCUCUUUUUUUGGAUACUAUCAGCAGCACCACUCCCCAGCUUCUUCAAAAGUUACGCAGCUACUACGGGCGCGAUCGACUCGUCGAUCGACUCUUCGCCGACACCGGGAUUGUGGACACGAUCGUGAAGUCUUUCGUUGAGGCUGGCAAUAAUUACAUCCGUCAUGAACCAGUGUUAAAGCGCACCCUGCAGUACUUGCUAAGUGGGCGACUAGAUUCAAAUCAGUACCCUUACCUUAACAAUCCAGCUCCUCCUGUAUCCUCUAGCGUCGAUGGUAGCACGUACAAACCAAAAGAGGUUAUUGUGUUUAUGUGUGGGGGUUAUACGUUUGAGGAGGCAGCUCUGGUACGGGCUAUUAAUAGUAAAACUGCUUACAAGGCGGCUCAGAUGACCAGUUUCUGCUCGGAGGGAAGGGAAAUAAAAGUGAUCCUUGGUGGCGACUUCACUCUGAACUCGAAUCAGUUUAUCGAGCAUCUUUCACGAGUUUCGCAACCACGGCUCUGUAAUUAA